AUGGCAACCUCCGUGGCAUCUACCAUUAGGGACCAAUACCCCCCUAGCGGGUUGUCCAUCCUCAUUACGGGAGGUGGCAUUGGUGGCCUCACCUUUGCGAUCGAGGCAUAUCGUAAGGGCCAUGAUGUCCGCCUCAUAGAAAAGCGCCCAAAUUUCGAUGGUUACGGAGAUCUUCUGAUGAUAGAAUGCAACGCCCUCCACAGCAUCAAGAAUUGGCCCGGGUUCUAUGAGCGAUUGCAGACCAUCUCGUACAAGACCCAGCGAAACAUCAAGAAGUAUGACGGGACGUGGGUUGGAACCUGGCCGCUAGGUGAUGGAAAGGACAUAUCAAUGGCCUUCAACCGAUCUGAGCUUCACUGUGCGUUGUGGGAGUAUGUUCAAGAGCUAGGUAUUCGUGUCGAUUUCUUAACUACUGUUGAGGACUACUUCGAAACGGACGAGGCAGGUGGUGUUGUUCUUGCCGAUGGGAGCACGCUCACAGCCGAUAUUGUCGUUGCCGCCGAUGGCGUCGGUUCCAAGGCAUGGUCUUUGGUCCUGGGAAAGAAAGACGUUCCUAUUAGCUCCGGAUUUGCUUGUUACAGGGCGACCUUUCCCACUGCACCAGCACUUGAGAAUCCGAUCAUUUCCAAGGAGUUUGAAGGGUACGUCGAUCGUGCCUCAAUUCAUGACGACCACAAUGCUGAGGAAGACUGGGAUAAGACUGUCUCCACUCAGAAGGCCUUGACAUACAUUGAAGGAUGGGAGCCUUUCCUGACCGAGCUGAUCAAGGCUACGCCCAAUAACCGUUGUACGGACUGGAAGUUACUGUGGCGCAACCCUCAGCCGAAGUGGGCUUCGCCUAAGGCUCGAGUCAUUCAGCUUGGCGAUUCGGCACACUCCUUCUUGCCAACCUCUGGUAGUGGAGCGGCAAUGGCCAUGGAAGACGCGUACUCCUUGGCAACUUGCCUACAAUUGGGCGGCAAGUCCAACUUCGCCUUAGCUGUGCGAGUUCAUAACCAUUUGAGAUUCGAACGUGUGUCGUGCGCCCAAAAAAUGGGAUUCCACCACCGGGAGAAAUUCCACAACACCGACUGGGAUGCGGUAGCGAAGAACCCGGAUAUUUUCAGUAAGACUACUGCUAACUGGAUUAUGCGCCAUAAUCCGGAGCAAUACGCCUACGAUAACUAUGGCAAGUGUGCGAAUCAUCUCUUGAUCGGAGCUCCCUUCCAGAACACCAAUGUACCUCCUGGCUAUACCUACAAGCCGUGGACCGUCAAGGAGCUCAUGGACGCUUCAGACAGACAUGAGCCUGUGGUUGAUGAGGGUGAUUGGUCGUGA